AUGAAACUGGGCUCCGCUCGUUACGCCCUCCUUUUCUUCCUCUUGGGAUGCAACGCCAGCCCCUCUGAUGAUCCGAAGGAGGACUCACCGUGUGUCGCCCGCUCCCCGACCUCCGGCUUGUACUUCGAUCUCAGUGCCAUCUCCCUAUCCCCACCCGAACUGAAGAAGGGCAAGAAGGUAUCGCCAGAUGCACGCGAGCAGAGCUGGCAUUCCAAGGGUCAUGACUAUGGCGCCAACUUCACCAUGAACAUCUGCGCCCCGGUGAUCGAGGAUGUGAAAGACGUGGUGGGCGUGGACUCGGCGCGAUGGAAGAACGUCAGCGCAUACUACAAGAAGGAUGGGAAGACUUAUUCAAUAGGCGAGCAAGCCUCGGAUCCUUUCUUCCGAGGUCGCAAGCUCGUCCUCAACUAUACGAAUGGCUCCCCUUGUUCCGAAGAGUCCGCUGCAGGCAGUGGAAACUCGUCGAUCCGAACUAAAUCGACUCUGAUGACAUUCCUCUGUGACCGCGACGCCAUCCCGGACCAAGCCACCCCAUCCUUCGUCGGGACUAUGGACUCUUGCACCUACUUCUUCGAGGUGCGCAGCUCAGCUGCCUGUGGUGGACUCGCAUCCGAUCCACAUGGGAAGGGGUUGGGACCUGGUGGAGUGUUUGGUGUCAUUAUUUUGAUCGCCGUGGCCGCAUAUUUUGUUGGUGGUUGUGCCUACCAACGAACCGUCAUGCACCAGCGUGGUUGGCGCCAGUGCCCGAAUUUCAGUCUCUGGGCUGGGAUGUUCGACUUUGUCAAAGGUUUCGGAUGCAAGACUUCCGGUUUCACGGAUGGAUUGAGCUCGCUCUAG